UCAUUUUUCGACGUCACAAUAUGGCCGUGGUUUUCUAGAGAAUGUUUUUCCAUUCAUCAGCAGCGAAGACAUUUUCUGAUUUACGGUUUGUUUGCGUGAUUACCCAAUGCAGAUACGCCUAUCUGCUUGGUAUUCAUUAAUUGUCUUCAGAUUGAAUCCCGGUCGUCGGAGUCCCUCACGACCCAUAAAUAUCGAUUUUUGAAAAAUCCUAUAUUCAGCUAACACUGUCUAGUUAAAAUUAGGGAGUGCGUUUCUCUUGUGAAAUCAAUCAAAGACUCAGUUGCUUUCUCCGGAGAAUUCGAUUUGAAAAGUACUCUGAAAAAAAGAAAUGUCUAGGCAUGAAGGUGUCAGCUGUGAUUCUUGUAUCAAAGGAAAUUUUAGGGGUUUACGGUUCAAAUGUUUGAUAUGCUACGACUAUGACUUGUGUGCAACUUGCUAUGAGGCAGGAGCCACCAACACACGCCACACUGCAGAUCAUCCCAUGCAGUGUAUACUCACCAGAUCAGACUAUGAUACUUUCUAUGGAGGGGAGUCAAUCAGCUCAGAUACACCCCAGUCUUUCUCAUGUCCUUAUUGUGGGAAGCUUGGGUACACUGAGACAGGAUUGUAUGACCAUGUGACCUCAGACCAUACAGAAACACCUUAUGAAGUGGUUUGUCCCAUAUGUGCAUCAUUACCGGGUGGAGAACCUAAUCAAGUUACAGAAGAUUUUGCUGCCCAUCUUACCAUGGAACAUCGUGGUGGCAUUAUUGGCCAUAAUGGUGUUUUACGAGAAGAAGAACCAGGAGGAAUUGGUCGAGGUGUUCGUCGUAUUCCGCAUCCAGCUCGUGGAUCAUCUGGCCCCAGAACACGAAGACCUAACAUGCACUUUACUUCUACAGGUUCUGUUCUGACAUCGUCGGGAAGUACGCCUGGAUCUAAUUCCAGUUCAUCGAGAGAGCGUGAUCGGGAACGCGAAAGAGAGGCCAUGGAUCCUAUCGCUGAACUUCUCUCUCAAUUGAGUGGGGUUCGUAGAGGACUGAGUGGUGUCUCUGGGGCUUCCGGUCUUGGUAGUGUUCUUGGCUUGGGUGCCCUUGGAUCGUUAGGCGGAGCUCUGGGCUCACUAGGAGCUAAUUUAAGUGGUCCGUCGCCUGGCUCCUCCAGUUCUGGCUUGCCAACACCUUCCGGCAGAGGAAGACUAUUGGGAUUAGUUGGAAGAGACAAUGCGGGAGCGUUUAGUGAAUUAGUCAGUAACGGAGCAAGUGGACAGUCCCAGCCGCAAUUAGAGCGACAUCAGGCGCUGAGACUGCCACGGCGACAGGCACAAGUCAUAUCAGCACCGUCAACGUUCUCAUCAACGAAUGUUAAUACCGGUGCGGCACCUAAUGGUUCCGGUUCAGUUGCACCCACCAAUAUUUCAGUUGGUAGCCGCGAUUCAACAAGCAAUUCCCAUUUACUCUUAUCAAGGUUGGGAAAUGUACUAAAAGACGAUAGGAAGGAGUCGAACAGUAAAACCUGUCAGGAUCGAAGUCUCUUUAUACAGGAUCUAAUCCUUUCCACUCUUGCUGCUGGAUUUGAAUUGGACAUUGACGGAGAUCUGACCACUCCUUUGUCUAGUGUCGACCUAUCUCGGGAUGUUUUGCCUACUGAUCCUCCUCCUAAGAAUGACCUUACACCGACGAGGGCGAAUCACGUUGGUGGGACACCUGUGACAUUGACCACAAGCAGUACACUGGGCAUAGUGGGAAUCUCUGCCGCCGAUACUAUAAUUGUGUCGCCCCCAACGUCAGUUACUACUGCGUCCGCUUUCCCAGAAGGUUCAUCCAACAGUCGACCUACCACCGUUAUCAGUGGCUCCCCAGUGUCGACUAGACCCAAGCAAACGGUUCAUCACAACGAACCGAAAGGUUCUGGUAAUUCAACGUCAUCCGUAACAGGGCGACGAGUAACUCAUCACCAGGCGCCACCAUCAAGUAUGCGCGUUCCCAGUGCCUCCUCUUCUUCAAACUCAUUGUCAACGUCUUCGCGACCGCCUGUUCACAGCUCGAGCGGCGGGAUCGGAAGUGGGUCCGUUGGCUCCAUGGUUAGAUCAAGGAGUCAUGGCACUAACGGAGCUAGUGGGACGUCGGGGGCUAGUACUGGAGCUCCCGGUGGAUUGUUGAGAAAGCCAGCACGACCACAAACCAGUCAUCCUCCCCCUCCCCCUUCUUCUCACUAAUGUAUUCUUUUUUUUCCAUAUUUGCUUUGUCUUCGUCUGAGAAUCGUGGGCGAGGGUAAAAACGGAUGACCAAGAAAGUGUCUAAGAAGAUGUCCGUCGCUCUAUUUGGUUGGUAAUCUUUAUAUCCUGUCUGCUACCCUUCGCACUCCUCUGGAAGUGCCUGACUGGAACAAACACAAACUGACGCAAGACUUCUACUGUGCGAAUAGAGAAAAAAUGGAGACAAAAUUAAGCAAAUAAUUGAGGUUGAAAAUGAUAAUUUGUUUGAUCUUUUAAACUAC